GUAACUCUCAGUGCACAACCCUGUAAAAAAAAAAUAUUUGGUUAAUAAUUGUUUUUAUCAAAUAUGGAAGCUCAUUGUGGAAAAGACAAUAACGAUGAUAGUACAUGUACUCCAGAGGAGAACCAUAUUCCAGAAAAGACCGAUUUAAAUAGUGAUGGAACAGAUGUAAAUAAAAAAUUGAACUCCAAGCUGACACCAGCAACAUGUAGUCUAUUAAAUUAUAAAUUUAAGACUAGAAUUAUUGAAGCACAAAGUAAAAAUUCCUCCUUAUGUAAUACUUCAGAAUGCCAUAAAACACAAAAUCUAAUUUACAAAAAUACAAACUUAGAAGAAGUUGAUGAUAAAGACUGUGUAAAAAAUGACAAAGAAACUAAGAACAACUUAUACGAAGAAAGUAAUGAUAAGUUUUGUGAGUCGGAAAAUGAAAUGAAAGCAAACGAUAUGGAUGAAAGUGAUGAAUUUAGUGAGUCGGAAACGAAUGAAGAAAUGAAAGCGGAAGAAAGUGGAGAAGAGAAGGAAGUAGAUAACGAUGCCAAAGAUAUGGAUGAAAGUGAUCAAGAACUAACCAGUGAUGGAGAUAUUAAAUCAAACGACAAAGAAAUUCGACCAGUGAAUAAACCAAAUAAAAAAACCUUCAAAGUGAAACUGAAAGAACAAGAUAAAGACAACAAAAAACUUGUCAGGAAACGGGUAAUAAAACCAAAGAAAGAGAGAAUUUAUCGCUGUGAUAUUUGUGGUAAAUGUUUUGGUAAAAGUAGCCAUCUUCUUCGUCAUGUGAGAAUUCAUACUGGGGAAAAACCCUAUCAUUGCAAUGUGUGUGGGGACUCCUUCUCGAUAAAUAGUAUUUUAAAGAGCCACAUGUUGGUACAUACAGGCGAAAAGGCAUAUAACUGCGAGGUGUGCGGUCUUCCUUUCGGGAGAUCUGGGGAUCUUAAGUCGCAUUUUCGGACGCAUACGGGUGAAAAACCCUAUAAAUGUGAAUAUUGUGGUCGAUUAUUUCGACAAAGUGGAGUUCUAAAAAAACAUGAACGAAUUCAUACCGGUGAAAAACCUUAUACUUGUAAUAUUUGUGGAAGAUCUUUUCGCCAGAAUGGAGAUGCUCAGAAACAUUUACGGACUCAUACCGGUGAAAAACCGUAUGACUGUCAAUUCUGUGGAAAAGAAUUUGCCCGAAAUAGUGAUAUGCAGACGCAUGUACGUCGUCACACAGGAGAAAAACCCUAUUCGUGUGGUAUUUGUAAUAAAUCAUUUGUUGAUAACUGUGGCUUACGUCGGCAUAUGAAAAUUCACUCAAAAGAAAAGGUGCGGGCACCGAGAAUGUAUCCAAGUAUUUUAGACCGAGUGACCGUGCCUGUAAAGCUUCCAGAUUCAGUUGAUGCAACAUCAUCUUCCAGACUUCCUUCAAAUCUUCACAAGCAAUUUAUAUCUCAGAACUUUGGAAACACGUCAAGUUUUAUAGAGUCUACUGCCACUAGUUCUGUGGACGAAUUAGAAAAGUCAACGUCUUGUGAGUCAAUGUCGCCAGAAGGUUUAGAGAUAAGAGAACACAUUCAACAAGUUAUUCCAUCGUUACCAGAGUAAACCAUCUUGUAUUUAUUCUAUUCAUGAACAUAUACAUAUGUUAUCUAUUCAUGAACAUAUACAUAUGUGAUUUAUUCUAUUCAUGAACAUCUACAUAUGUAAUUCUGUUCUAUUCAUGAACAUAAAGAUAUGUGAAUAAUUCUAUUCAUGAACAUAUACAUAUCAUGAACAUAAACAAGUGUAAUUUAUUCUAUUCAUGAAAAUAAACAUAUGUAAUUUAUUCUAUUCAUGAACAUAUAAUUCAUUCUUUUAAUGGCAUUUAGAUAUGGGGACAUAAUCAAAUAAAAAACACCAAUUUGAUUAGAAUACAUAGAGGAUAUUUGUCGUUUUAGAGUGAAUAACAUAUUUUAUUUCAUCGAGAAGCAAGAAAACUUAUAUUUUCAUGAAUGUGUAGCAUGAGUGAAAAUAUAAACGUUUUCUUGCUUAGAGAUGAAAUGAAAUAUGUUAUUCACGACAAAACGACAAAUGUUCUAUUUAUUUUAUGAUUUUACAAUUAUUUUAGGUAAAAACAACUAGCCAGUGGAAUAACACUUUUAUUUCACUGAUAAAACUCGGUAUUCCACUACUGAUCAUAAAAUAAAGAUUUAUAUUUCGUUUUGUUUUUUUUUAUCUUCUACAUGAAGAUCUGACCAGUUGUAGUGGGACUGUGGGAGGUCGCGUCAGGGGUCAUACAAGUGGCUUUUGACGAUUAACCAAUCAGCAUUGAUGUUUCUAGUAGGAUACCCACAGAUCCGUGCAUCGUACGCCAAGAAUUUGCUGCGACAGAUCAUUUCAUUGGCUAAACCAGAAUGCGGAUUAUAUAACAAUUCUUCCAAAUUCUAGUGUAGUAAAGACAAGUAAAACGAAAUUUUGAACUAUAAAAUUAAAACGAAAUAGGAUCUGUGUUUUAAUCAGAUUGAUAAAACACUAUUUAUGGAUAACAAUUACAUGUAGGAUGGUUUAUUUCACCUCAGCAUUUCAACAAGAUUUCACAAGUCAUUAUCAAGGAUAUAUGAAACAUUGCUGUGUAAUAAAAUAUAGUAAUUGUUAUCCAUAAAUACCUUUAGUAUUUUAUUUGAACAUAUAAUUCCUUAAAAUUUAUUGCAAUAAACUUGUAGAUGUAAUUAAUAUCUUGUACCAUUAUUAUUUAACAUUCCUAAAAUUUUAGGCUGCCGAUUCAUGAAAAUUUAAAACUAAGAUAAAUAUUUUAAUAUCACUGCCUUUCCAUUGACUGAAAGUUUGAAUAAAUUCUAAGAUUUUACUUCUCAGCAAAGAAAAUAUUUUAAAAAUAUUUUUUCUAAAUUUAUUUAUUGAAAACAUAACUUCUGGUAUUUUAAGAAUAUUUUCUUCUCCUAAAUUGGUGGACACACUAGCCGAAUCGUUCGGCUGAUUCAUUAGGCGUCAAAGUGCAGCCGAAUUCAUUCGGCUGAAUAAAUGAACAGAGCAGACGAAUCCUGUGCUCAAUUCACCAGUCGAUUGCAUCUCCAUUCACAUCACAUGAUUAAACAUGGCCACGACCAUAUCUUCAAACAAUCAUGUGACUUCUCAGUGGUGAUUGGCUAAUGAAUUCUACAAUCGGACAAAUGAUUCGGCGAAGCGGACACACUAGGUGAAUAUAUCAAACAUGUUUGCUUCAGGCUUUAAUUUUUAGCGAGUGGUCACAUUGAUUUAGUUCACUUCAGUUGAAAUUUUCAUUUUUGGGAUUGUUAUUAUUGAAGCAUGAAGCAUUUUCAGAUUUCUACAAGUCAUGAAUCUUUUAAAAAAACAUAUCUUUUAAUUUGUACAAAUUAUCAGAUAACAUAUUAUGUAUAUACAAGCCUGGAGAUCAGGCACCUGUCACAGAAAUAGUCAGACACAAAUGUGUGAUAAUAUAUGUCUGACAAAGUCUGUGACGGGUGCCUUAUGUCCAGGCUUGCUGUUCUGUUAGCUUAUAUAUAAUUACCCGUAUAAUCUUCAAGCUAUACGGCACCACACGAUAAACAAACCUCUAAUCUUUAUCUUUAGUCUUGUCUAGAAAUAUAUCCCAUAUCUAAUUGUACUGUCUGCCAUAUUACUGUAUUGUUUGUUGUGUCUAUGUUUAUUUGGGCAGUUAUCCUUUAUUGUUUAUCAGAUUCAUACAAAGAAAAUGUAAGUCGGGCUUACAGAGAAAAAUUGUCUACAAUAUCACAACUGUGGAAGCACAUUAAAUCACCAGUUACUAUAUGCGUACCUCUACUAUCCUUUAUUGUUUAUCCGAUUCAUACAAAGAAAAUGUAAGUCAGCCUUACAGAGAAAAAUUGUCUGCAAUAUCACAACUGUGGAAGCACAUUAAAUCACCAGGUACUAUAUGCGUACUUCUACUAGCAUUCUGCACACGGAGAACUAUCUACUUCGAGAAUCUCUGCCCUAAAUGGCCGCCAUAUCCAACAAUUAGUAUAUUGUUUUGUGAUGUGGUCUUACUCCAGUUCACAUCUGUUAUACACAAAAAGAGUACUUAAACCUUUUCAAUUAUAUUAGAUGAAAGCACAAAAUUCUUGAAGUAUACUUAGUGCUUACGUGGGUUAACUAGACAGCAUAAAUUUAAUGUGUUCUACUUGUUGAUCAAUGGAUCAAUGAGCCAAAAUAAACUAUCCAUACCAUAAUUGUUACUGUUUUGUAUAAAAUUUUGAAUGAUUUAUAUUAUUUAAAAAAAUUUUUUAAAAGAUUUUUAGUAUGUAGUUGUAUUGCUUAAAAUUGCUAUAUGUAAUAUAUCUUAAAUUUUUAUUGCACGAUUCAAUCAAAUCAAAUAUUUAGAUUCUUAUAUUUUAUAAAUGAUCAAAUUAUGUUUUACUAAGUAUUAAAAUUAUAAUUAUGUAAAUUGUAAAUAAAUUUUAUCUACAUUUCUACUCCAUAUAAAUUUGCAUGUGUUGGUAUGUACAUGUAUCUUUUAUUAAACAAGCAUUUUGUAAGAGCUAAAUCUGCCUAUUGCAUGUCUUUCUUUAGACCUUAAAUGUUAUAUAAACUAUUAAUUAAACAUUUAUUAACAUGACAAGACCAUAAUCAAAUCUCAAUGCCAUUGGAUGGCUUCCGAUUUUAAGUAGAUUUGAACUGUUCAGCCAUUUAAUGAUUUAAUCUAAAAAUGGUGAAGCGAGGCUAAGCUUCGAACAACCAGUACAAUGGUUGCAAUCAGUGCACACAUCUUGUCAAACCUUCAGAGGCUAAUAUCUUUGCCCAGAAUAAACUAAUUUGAAUGAAAUUUUUCAUAUAUUUAUUUUGCAUUGUCUAUUUUUUAAAUAUUAUAGUAAGAACGGCCAGCUCUUUAUCAAAAUUGUACAUAAUGUAUCGUUAAGUGCAAAAGUAUUUAUGAUUUUAUCUGUAUUUAAUAAACUAAAUAAUCAUUAUGUGAUACAUAUGUAUCAUACUAUCAUACAUUCAUAUUAGCCAGGUUUUAGAACUUGCUGUGAAAUUGACCAAAGACAAACUUGAUGAAAUUAUAUGUCAAUGAAUUUGAAAACCAUAUUUCAUUUAUUAUUUAAAAACCAAAUAACAUUUAAAAUAUGUUAGAUGGGUUUAAGGAAUAUCAAAAUGGUUUUGAAAAAGAGUUUUCCUUUUGGAAAAGAGCUUUCUAUACAUACAAUGUAUAGACAUGCUGAACAAUUAUUUUUCACUACUACAUGUAGAUAAGAUCAUUGAUUAUGACCUUAUCUGUUUUCAAUCUGGAGAGUAAUAUCUACUGAAGAGCACUUCAGCCUAUCUGUAUAAUCUCAUAAUAGAUAAAAUA